AUGCUGCCGCUCUGUGGGCACCCGCGGUCCGGAGGGCUUGUUACGAGCCGUGCUUACGCCCUUCUGCGCUACGGCGGGCGUCUCUCGCCUCAUGCUGCCUUCGUCUGGGGGACGCGCGCGCCGUCGCGGGUGAAAUUCUUCUGUUGGCUGCUAGUCCAUCGUCGAAUCAACACUCGAGAUGCCCUCCUUCGAAAAACCAUUGUUGAUCGCACGGGGGCCAGCUGCCCCGUCUGCUCGGCGGAGCUGGAAACUGCGGACCACCUGAUGUUUGGCUGCCCGUUCGCACGCGAGUUCUGGCGCGCCGUGGGGUGUGUGGUGAUCACGGCGGACACAUCGGUGGAGCGGCUCUUCGCCCUGGAUGUGAGAGCAGCAGUUGGAGAUGCCUGUCUUGACACCUUCGUCCUCCUUUGCUGCUGGCACCUAUGGAAGCAUCGGAACGGUGUGGUCUUCCAAGCUAUGGUGCCGUCCCUAGAUCGGUUCUUUGAACGUCCUGCUCCAGAGACAUAUGUCGUCGAUGGAUACGCCACAUUCCUGUGCUCCAUCGUGGUCGUAAAUGAGCUAGGCCCUGAUCCAGUUCCGGCCUCGGACCUCGGAGACCAUCUCGGCCGCUUGCUAGAAGAUGGCAAUAGGACCGACGAUGGGAUGAUGAUGACGACAGACGUGUCAUUGGCCGUCGACGGUGAGACAUUCCGGGCACACCGGUUGGUGCUCGCCGCCCGCUCGCCGGUCUUCAAGGCUAUGCUCUUUGGAUCCAUGAUGGAGGCUACCACGACCUCGUCAGCGCCCAUCGUGUUGCACGAGAUCACACCUGCGAUAUUGGGUGCCAUGCUUCGGUUCAUGUACACAGAUGCCUGGCCCGAGGACAACGAGCAUGUCGGCCACUCAUCGUCCAUUGAGAUGUUGCAGGAUCUACUUGCUGCUGCAGAUCGGUAUGCGCUAGACCGUCUGAAGCUCAUGUGCGUACGAAAGUUGUGGGACAACAUGUCGAUACAUACUGUUGUGAGUAUCCUCGUUUAUGCUGACACGUAUGGCUGCGCGGAGUUGAAGAAAAAAUGCCUUGACUUCUGUGCAAGGAAGGAGAAUUUCAAGCAGGUGGCAUCCACUGAUGGUUAUCCAUUGUUUGUGCUGAAAUUUCCAUCAAUUUUUUUUGAGCUAAUCGAACACAAGGUUUAG